AUGGAGAAGAUCUGGCACCACACCUUCUACAACGAGCUACGUGUUGCCCUUGAAGAACACCCAGUCCUGCUCAUAGAGAGUCUGGCCAUGACCUGA